UUAUAUGUGAUUUUUUCGAUCUCCUGCUGGCAAACAACAAUGCCGUCGGGUGAAUAUAGAAGAUUCUCAUUUCGUAUCCCUAGUGGACCCAAACGAAGUCUAACUAAGCCUGUUCGCGUGUAUCAGCCGACGUAUCAGCUGAACCCAAGAAAGCGAUUCAACGUCGAGAAGGUCCAGAAAAUACUAGCGCAGCUUCUCGACCCGGAGCUUGAGGAGGUCGAAUACAGUGAGAAGGUGGUUCCCGAGCUGUGCGUUAACCUGGCAGAGAGCAUUCGCAAUGCUGUGAAAGAAGAAAAUUAUGACAGGUACCGAAUAAUAGUGAAUGUAACCAUCUCCCAGCGGCGGCAGCAGAGCCUCGUGGCGUCGCACUCGUUCCUGUGGGACUCGGAGCGGGACAACUUCGCGGGCCGCGAGUUCCACAACCCACACAUUCACGCCUACGCGGUCGUCUAUGGGAUAUACUUCGACUAACCUUACCUAAGAUAGACCACUUGUGUUGU